UCAGUUGAUCUUCAGCCGCAACGGCUCGAGGUUCGCAGUUCUGGAAUCGAUCCGUAAUAUAUUCAGCCCCCGUUUUUCGCCCGCACACUUGCAGUUCCGUUACGUGAGUGCAGCAGUCGUGAGCCGCCGCCGUCGACGUCGUCGUCUGCAUUGCACAAAAUAAAGAUAGAAAAAAAGAUACAAAAAACAAAAAAAAAAAUUAAAAUUAAGAGAUACAAAUACACGGCAACAACAUUUCUCGGUUCGCUUUGCUUUGCGCAACAGUUUUAUUUGUGUUUUUGUUUUGGUGAGAGAAAAAAAAUACACGAAAAAAAGUGCGUAUUUGUUGUGAUUUGUUUUUUGUUUCGGUGUGCCAGUGUGGUUUUCCAUUGGUUUUUCCUUAGUUUUUUUUCGAGUUGCAUUAAUUACCUGGCCUUUUGGGCCUGGCCCUACGACUGAUCGCCAAGCCAUCAAUCAGGCCAUCAAUCAGUCAGUACCGCUUGUCGCAAAUUGGAGCUGGAGACGAGAGACAGAGAGCCGCUCUCCCUUCUUGGAGAAAGCCGAGACCCGAUUGGAGAUUCCAGAGUAAAGAUUGGAGAUCCCAGAUCCGGAGAUUCCAGCGGAGGUUUUUUUGGCGACACUCGUAAUUGGUUGACUGUCUGCCUUGUGGCUAAGUCAGUCAGUGAGUCAGAGACGCUCUCAAAGACUUGCAGUCAUAGUUAUAGUCACGACUUUGGAGGCAGAGACACAACCACAGCAUAUAGACGACGGUCUUCGCUACGCUUUGGCUUCACUCUGGCUUCGGUUUGGCUUUGGUUGUCGCCCCGGCAGGUUCACAAAUAAGUGAAAGUGAAUUUGUUUAUUGUAUAUUUUGCUAUUACCAAAGCGAAAAGAGACGCAUAACACACAUCUUUGCGGCGAGCAAUGUUCAGUUUCAGCAACUAAAAUAUAUAUAUUUAAUAUAUUCAGAGAAUAUAUAUAUAUAUAACCGAUAUUGGUAGAAUCUGGUAAUCAUGCUAAUUGCCAGCUGCCUUCUCUUCGUGCUGCUCAAGUGCCACACGGCCCCUGCUUUGGCCCAGGAGGAAGUGACCUCAGCGCGGCAGUAUGUUAACUUCACGGAACUAUCGCUGGCGGUGCAAGAGUCACUGGUGGCCCACGAAGAGCGCCAGCAGGAGCGAGCCCGUCAUCAGGGUCAUCGCUCCCGCAGGGCCGUAAAACGGGUUUGCUAUGGAGAGUUGGGCUGCUUCGAGGACUCCGGACCAUUUGCCUAUCUGGAGAUGCUGCCCUCACCACCAGAGGAGAUCAAUACCAAGUUCUAUUUUUAUUCCACGCGGCAGAGAUCUGACAGGCCGCUAAUGGAGUUGUCUUUUCUGAACAUGACAAAUGCCUUUCGCGGCAAGCGGGAGACGGAGACCAGCACUAGUGCUCCUCCAGUUGAGGGCAGUGCCAGGUCAUCAUCAUCUAGCUCCAGUUCCACAUCAUCAUCAUCAUUAUCAUCCCCCGGCAACCUGACCUUAAGUGGCCAAAAGAAGAUCACACCCACGAUCGAUGAUCUCGAGGGCUUCGACGAGCUGUCCGUGCGGGUCAUAGUCCAUGGCUUUGGCUCUGCCUGUCCUCAUGUCUGGAUCUAUGAGAUGAAAACGGCCCUCAUGGCGGUGGAGGACUGCAUUGUCAUCUGCGUGGACUGGGAGAAUGGAGCCACCUUUCCCAACUAUGUCCGGGCGGCAGCCAAUACCCGUCUGGUGGGCAAGCAGCUGGCCAUGCUCCUUCGCAACUUGCAGCAGCACAAGGGUUUGGAUCUGAUGCGCACCCAUGUCAUUGGGUUCAGUUUGGGUGCCCAUGUCUCUGGCUUUGCGGGCGCGGAGCUGCCUGGACUAUCCCGAAUUACGGGCUUAGAUCCGGCUGGCCCACUCUUUGAGGCCCAGCAUCCCAAAGUGCGUUUGGAUAGCAGCGAUGCCGAGUUUGUGGAUGUGAUCCAUUCGAAUGGAGAGAACCUGAUACUGGGUGGCUUGGGCUCCUGGCAGCCCAUGGGGCAUGUGGAUUAUUAUCCCAACGGGGGACGUGUCCAGACGGGUUGUUCCAAUCUUUUUGUGGGAGCUGUGACUGAUUUUAUAUGGUCUGCCCAGGCCGCCGAGGACGAGGAGGGACGUUCCCUGUGCAACCAUCGUCGCGCCUACAAGUUCUUUAUUGACUCUGUGGCUCCACGCUGCCUGUUCCCCGCCUUUCCCUGUGCCAGCUAUGAUGACUUCCUCAAGGGCAGAUGCUUCCCCUGCGCCCAGGAUGACGAGGAUCUGGCUGAAGGAGUACCCCGAUGCGGCAAUAUGGGCUACUAUGCUGAUCGUUCCACGGGCCGUGGGCAGCUUUAUCUACUCACCCGCGAGGAGGAGCCCUUCUGUGCCCACCAAUUUCAGCUGCAAAUCUUCAAUUCCUUCAACGAUCUGCCCCUGCGUACCAUUGGCCGCCUGGAGGCCAUACUCGAGGGCGAUGGCGGUCUCAACGAGACCUUUGAGAUAUCCGAGAAAGACGAUGCCGAGUUCUUUGCCGGCGACAUUGUGUCCAAGAUUAUUGUCCCACAUCCGGCUUUGGGCUUCCCCACCACCUUGAGUCUGCACUACAAGUCCUACAGCGGCUGGCUGAGCAAGGGGUUGCCCCACUGGGACAUUGACAAGGUUGUGCUCACGGAUAGCUUUGGGCGUAGUCACUCCCUGUGCCGGCCAAGCACCAAGCUGAGCAGCGGCAAUCCGGUUCGUUUGCGUCUCCAUUCGGGCAAUUGUGAGCUGGACAACCAGGAGGAUUAUGGUGCCUACACCACCCAUCCGUCCGGUAGCGCUAAUCCCACCCUGUCGCCCACCGAUGUGCCCGACUCCAGUGUCCAGGAAACGGCAGUAGAUGGCGUGGAGAGCGCCAAGCAGAGGAAGGAUAUCUUCAAUCUGGGCACCAGCUUCAAGUUGGCCAGUAAUCAGAGCUAUCAUCCCCUUGGCCAGGAUGAUGAGUUGCCCUGGCAACCCAUUUUGGUGGGCAACUCCCUGGACAAUGAGACGGCAGCGGCGGCUGCAACUGCGGAAUCGAGUCGCAGUCUGUCCUCGGAACCUGCCAGUGAGAUCUUUGAGCCAGUGCUCAAGGAUCGUCGGCUGGCGGUUAAUCGGGGACGCAAUCUGCAGGAUUAUGGCACCACCAAUGGUCCUGAGAUUGUGGAGCCCGUGCUGAAGGCCACCACGCCGCGUGUAAAGCAGGGCAAGGAUUUAGACUUGUCCGGUGACAUCGAACAGGAUCAGACGUCAUCGUCGAUGAACUCUAGUUCCAGUUCAGUUCCUCCGCCGCCUACUCCACCCAAAAUGAUGGCCCAAAUGGGAACGGAUGAACCGCAGACUGUUCAGCUUUUGCCUUUCCGACUAGGCGAGCUACUGCAGCGGGCGGAGCGCUACGCCAGGGAGACGCUGUUGCCCCUGAUCUCGGUGCAGGCGCCUCGAUUCUUUGGCUUCAAUGUGACGCCCCAUGAUCGUGACGCAGUGCGUCCAUCGGAGUCACGCAAGCCGCGGUACAUACCACGCUAUGAGGAGUCCGCCUUUUUGAAUGCCACCUCCACUCUGAAGCGGCGCUCCCAGAAGGCAAACCGUCGCUCAUCGUCUUCGCCCUCCCUGGUGCAGCAAAGGAAUCUUUUCCGGUUGAUGCGAGCCCGCUCCCGUAAGCAGAACGCGGAGGGAGAGGAGUGGCAGGACCAGGAGGAGCCGCAGCAGCAAAAGCAGGGCAAGCCGGUUGAGGCGGGAAACGAGGUCAAUUACUACACGAAUAUGCUGCAGUCAGAGUCGCGAUCCAUGCGGCCAGAGGUGCCGGAAUAUAGGGCCGUAUUUAUAGAUCUGCCCACUUAUAGGCCACCUGUAAGUCAGGCUGGAACUGCUGCUUCCGCUUCCGCUUCGGCUUCCGUUUCCGUUUCCGCUACCAUUUCCAGAGGUCGAAGACGCAGCAGAUCCUCAUCAGCGCUUCCCUGAUAUCCAACAACCGCGACAUCUCAGCUGUCCCGCCAUCGGUAGGGGAUGAACACUUUGUGAUAUGCACACCAGAUCGUGGCUCCAAAAAAAAAAAAAAAGAAAUCAAAAAUACCCCAAUUCCCACAUAACCAAACACCACCCACAUCAUCAUCUCCCACACUGUAAAUAUAUAUCAGCAAAAAGAAAAUCAAGAGAAAUAAAUACGAAACGAGAGCUAAAUGGAAUUUGAAAUGGAAUUUCAAGCUUAGGUUAGUCCUUCGAAUGUAAGAUUAUAAAUGUAUGAAUUUAAGUGAUUACUCCUAAGAUAAACAAUAAACCUUAAGAUAUCAGA